AUGGAGGUGAAGAAGAGGGCGCCCACCAUUGCCACGCUGUGCAUCAUGUCAGUGCCAUCCAAGCAACAGGUGGCCGCCAUGUCCUUCUGCAACUGUUACCAGCAGUGCCACGACGGGUGCAGGCACAGCGUCCCUUGGUGGCUCUGCAACGUCGACUGCGCCGGCAACUGCGACAGCGUUGAGAAGAAGGAUGCUCUCGCCACAUGCAUCAUGGUAUGCAGCACGGACUCCAUCUGUGACCAGUCGGUGGCACCAACCUAUACACAACGUGUUGCAGAUUGUAUAGCUGAGUGCAACAAGAGGUGGGGGCGUGGGGCAGCAAUUAAUGCCAAGUAA